CAGCAGCAAACACGUUCGUUCCAACUUCCAACUGAGUUUCUCGCUACGUGAAAGUGAUACACGACAAGUACCCUUUUAUCUAAGUAACUUCAGCCUUCAAAAACACCAUGCCUAAAAAUAAGGGAAAGGGAGGUAAAAACAGGAGGAGAGGAAAGAACGAAAAUGAAACCGAGAAAAGAGAAUUGGUUUUCAAAGAGGAUGGACAAGAAUAUGCUCAGGUCACAAAAAUGCUUGGCAAUGGUCGCCUUGAAGCCAUGUGUUUUGAUGGAGUAAAACGAUUAUGUCACAUCAGAGGAAAGCUCAGGAAGAAAGUUUGGAUUAAUCAGGGUGAUAUUAUAUUGAUUGGUCUCAGAGAUUAUCAAGAUGCCAAAGCUGAUGUUAUUCUCAAAUACACUGCUGAUGAGGCAAGAAAUCUGAAAACAUAUGGUGAAUUCCCAGAAACAGUCAGAAUCAAUGACACUGUUACCUUUGUUGAAGAUGGUCUUGAUGAAGAUAUUGAAUUUGGUGAUGAAAUCAGUGAUGAUGAUGAAGAUGACGUUGAUAAUAUCUAAUGAUUGUUUCAUUAUAAAUGAAGCAUAGCGCAAAUACUACAUCUGAUAAAAAAGUUGAACUAUGUUUUACUCGAACCAUUAGUAACCAAUUUACCAACUCCAUGGUUUACUCUUGGAGUAAUAUGAAAAUGAAUUUGAAUAAAUGUACUGGACAAAAACUGUUUGAUUUUAGUUUGUAAAACAGAUAAAAAAAUUAUUAAAAUAAAAAGGAAUGGCGUGGAAAUUCAAGAAUUUUAAUCACAACACUUGUUCUACCAAUAGAUGUUGAAAUUAUAAUGACUAUACUUUCAUUAAGCAAUACUAGAUAACAAAGUAACUAGACGUACAUGAUUUUUAUUUUAUAUAAUUCUUAUACAUUUUUUCUCUAUUAAAUAACUUGUCGUUUUAUUAAAA